CCAGCCUUGUUGUUUCCUUGAUAAAUGAAUUUCAUCUGGCAGAUUACUGGUGAAAUAUCUGUUGCUGGUGGAACAUAUAAAGCUAUGGAGUUUGUUGGCAGCACUGUUGAAAGCUUAUCUAUGGAAGAAAGGAUGACAUUAUGCAACAUGGUUGUUGAGGCUGAGGGUCAAAAUGGUGUUGUUCCUGCUGAUAGCACUACAUUUAAGUACCUUGAGGAUAAGACGUCUGUUCCCUAUGAACCUGUUUACAGUGAUGCUAAAGCAAGGUAAUUUAUACUACUUUUUUUUUUCUUUUUUUU